AUUUUAAGUAACAAUAUACACAUGUAAAUAUAUGUAUAGAUUGUUUUACGUGAUUGCAUUUUAUGAUUGUUGAGCGUGUUUCUUUGAAACUUCAAUGUAAUACCUAACUUUAAUUUCUCUCUUGAUAUCAUCUUUAGUAUAAAAAGAUAUGUACAUAUUAUUUUUUAUUUAUGUCCGUAUUGUUAUUUGUUCAACAGUUGUUAUCUUCUAAAUAUUCGAGAUUCAGUUAGAACAAAUUGCAUGUUGUUUUAUUCGUUUUAUUCUUCAUCUAUAUAUCUUUUAGUAAUAUCAAUUUGAAGAUUUCACACAUGCACUCGCUUCUUGCAAAUAACAAAUACAAAAGUAUUUUUCAAGUGAAUUAAAAACUCAAUAUAAUACUUAACAUUGAAAGAAUUUGAACAUUUUCUCUGCUAAUGCAGCCAGUUUAUCUAUGAAGAAUAGACCAUUGGUCUGUUCUUUUUAGCUGCACUGUUCAAGUGUGCUUUAAGUUGUGGCGUUUUCGAGUUGCUGAUCAACCCGACUCAGGGUCAGUGAUGCCAACGUUGGCAUCACUACUUUCUCGGCUGAAUGCUCGGUGAUUGUUUUUGUUGAUUUUUGUUUCAAACAUCUUCGGGACAGUGAGAUUAUUUGUAACUACAUCUAAGCACUGAAAAAAGUUAUAGGCUUCCAGUAGUCUGCUCUACAAAAUAAUUGUGAUUGAAACGUGUGAGAAAUUAUAUAUUUUGCAAGAUGUCGUUAUUUCACGGAUACAACGAAAUACCUAAACCUGACAAUGUAAUGACAAUGCCUAUAUCACCAUGCAAAACAACUUACUUUAAUCCCAAGGGACAUAAAAAGCCAAAGGGAUUAUCAAUAAGAUCUGAUUCAGAUAUGAACGUAUUUCAUAACACACUUCCAACUAGUGCAAAAGAAAAUACAGGUAAUCCCAAAGAAUCGAAGAUCUCGAAAUCUAAGAUAGUAAAACAAGAUAACUCUGGACAUCAAACUUAUUCACUAAAGGGAAAAUUUUCUAACUAUGAAUAUCGGAGCACUGAAGGAGAGAAAAGAGAAAUUGACAAAGACAAGAAAAUGGAAAAAGUAUUAAGUGAUACGAUCUUUAAAGCCCCAAUACCUCCUGAAAAAUUUGCCAAACAAAUCCGCGAGCCAGAAAAUUUAGCACAUUUUUAUAAUGCUCAAUAUGAAUUCGAUUAUAAAUGUGUUGAAACUAUGGAACAAGGAUUUAUGGAUCUACUUCUGGAAGUGAAAGAUGACAUAAUGCCUUGUGAAAAGGAAGAUUUGGAAACAUUACUACCUGUGGAAAUUCCUGAAAUUAUUCUUCCUAGUUUCUUUGAUGAAGAAUAUAUGGAACUUCCAUCUCCCGAGCUACCAUACAUAUCCGACGAAGAUAUCUUUUACUAGGGGUAACUAAGGGUAAUACAGGUUUGUUUGAGAUUUUUUACUUUUCAAUGUAAAAUGAAUACUUGUAAUUAAAGUAAUAUUCUCGUAGUACGUUCUUUACAAUGAGAGGUAUUUUUAUAUCGAUAGAUAUGGUUAAAGUAUUAUAGUAAUUAAGUGUAGAACGGUAGAAAGAAAAAGUAAGAGUGUGUUAUUUAUUUAUUUAUUUUUUAUUUAUUAAUGAAACAUUUUUUUAUUUAUAAAUGAAAUAAACGGUUCAGCGAAACAACAGUUGAACAAACAGUUUAUCAUAUUAAAUUGUACUAUUAGAUUAAACUUUACUUUUUUUUUAAUCUGUUACACUAAACUGUUUGUUCAACGCAAACUGCGGUCUCCGUUAAGUUACGUAACAUUUAA